AUUUUGAAUGAAUGCAAGCCGCUCUUUAUAGUUUUUGGCGUGUAAGCUUUAAUAUUUCUGAAUUUAACAUUGUAAUGCUGUAUAGAACAAUGAAUGUUAUUUUGUGUGAGUAAAAUGCAUCUCAUUUUGCUUCAAAUAUCGUGAGUAAGUUUAUAGUAAAAGUCAGUCAGUGUCAAGUAACUUAUUUAUGAGAGAAACGGAAAGAUUUAGAUCGCAUUUCAUUUAAUUUCAGUUAAUAAUUCUCAUUUUAGUCAUGACAGCGUUUAAACAGAAAAAAACUGAGGUGACACUAUUAUAAAGAUGGCGUUUAUUAAAGAGGAGAGUGAAGAUGUGAAGAUUGAAGAAGCAUUCAGAGUCAAACAUGAAGAUACUGAGGAACAAACAGACCUGGUGACACUGAAAGAGGAGAGUGAAGUAUUGAAUGAAACGGAAGAGGAAGAUCAGUAUGAGAAACAGCAUUCUUUCAUAACUAGAAAACAAUCAUUUAUUUGCUCACAGACUGAAAAGACGUCCUCACAAAAAACAGCCCAAAAGACAGGAACUAGAAGUCAUUUCAACUGCCAGCAGUGUGGAAGGCAUUUCAGUCAACAUGGAAACUUUAAAGUCCACAUGAGAGUUCACACUGGAGAGAAGCCUUACACAUGCCAACAGUGUGGGAAAAGUUUCACUCAAAAAGUGUCCCUUAAAAACCACAUGACUGUUCACACCAAAGAGAGGCCUUACACAUGCCAACAGUGUGGAAGCAAUUUCACCCAGCUAGGAAGCUUUAACAGGCACAUGAAACUUCACGCUGGAGAGAAUCCCUUCACCUGCAAACUGUGUGGAAAGAGCUUCACACAAAAAGUACAACUUAAAGUCCACAUGACAACUCACGCUGACGAAGGUGCUUUCAGUUGCCAACAUUGUGGAAAACGUUUUCACAGAAAAGAAAACCUUAAAGUCCACAUGACAAUUCACGCUGAAGGGAGCUCUUUCACCUGUCAACAGUGUGGAAAAAGUUUUUACAGAGAAAGAAACCUUAGUUCCCACAUGAAAAUUCACACUGGACUAAAGCCUUACUUGUGUCCUGAAUGUGGAAUAAGCUUCAACCAAAUAGGAAACCUUAACAGGCACUUGAGAACUCACACUGGAGAAAACCCUUAUACCUGCAAACAGUGUGGAAAAUGUUUCAUUCGAAAAGGAAGCCUUGAAUGUCACAUGAGAAUUCAUACUGGAGAGAAGCCGUAUGUUUGCCCUCAAUGUGGAAGGAGUUUUGCACAUAAGCAAGCUCUUAAUGUCCACAUGAGAGUUCACACCGGAGAGAAGCCUUAUACAUGUGAACUGUGUGGAAAGAGCUUCACUGGUAAAGGAAACCUUAAUGUCCACAUGAGAGCUCACACCAGAGCUCUUUUGUCUGCCAACAGUGUAGACAGAGUUACAACCAAAAAGGAAACCUUAAAAAACACAUGACUUCUCACAUUGGAACUGUGUGAAAAGAGCUUCACAGCAGAGCUAAACUGCAGAGUUCUCCAUGUGCUAAGAGGUUUAGAAAAAGGAGCAAUUUUCAAAAUCACCUGCAUAUUUACUCUGGAGAAAGGACAUUUAAUUGUGAUCAGUGUUAUAGAAAAUUUAUUUUGCCAUUGCAUUUACCUGAAAAGUCAUGCAGAUGUGAGACCCUGUUCUUGUUCUGUGAGUGGAAAGAGUUUCAAAUGGCUCGGCAAUUUAAAAUGGCACCAGAAGAUACAUAUCUGUGUAAAAUUCACACCGCAGCUGAACAUGGGCCAAAUCUGUACAUUCUUUAGUCACAAGAGUUUUGGCUACAAAUUACUAUUAAAGUGUGAGAAUUAACUUGUGUUAAUCAACAAAAACAUGCAGUUCCAACAAACUAUUUGCACAACUACUGAUAGUUCAACACAAACAAGUCAAUUUUGCUCCCUCCAGUUGCAUUGUGCGAUUCAGUUGCUGAUUGUUUUAUUUGGUACACUUAGCUUUCAGAGCAAAAGAAGUUACCGCUAUCCAUGUGGCAGUUUUUCAGUUCAGUAUUCUUAAGAUUUAUUACAAUGAUGUUUAUGAAAAUACAUUUGUAACAACAUACAUCCUUCCUUGCUGAAUAAAAAUUAUUUAUUUUCUGAAAAAGAGAAAAAAUACUGACCCAAAUUUUUGAA